AUGAACAAAUUCCUCAUCCUAAUCGUUGCCACUCUGGCCCUUGCCUGCGCCCAAGCACGUCCAGACGCCUACGACGCGGCUGCCGAGACCCGGGAGUACAAGAGCGACCUGAAGGAGGACGGCAGCUACAACUACCAGUACCAGACCUCCAACGGCAUUGCCGGCCAGGAGUCGGGAGUUGGCGGAUACUAUGCCAGCGGCUCCUCCGCAUACUACGCCCCCGACGGCCAGCUGGUCCAGCUGACCUACACGGCCGAUGAGAACGGCUACCACCCCGUCGGUGCCCAUCUCCCCACGCCUCCCCCAAUCCCCGCUGCCAUCCUGAAGUCCCUCGAAUACAUUCGCACGCAUCCCCACCAGGAGCAGCGUCAGGGCCAGGGACGCUUCUAA